CCUCGUUAAUGCCUCGUCGCUGUCAUUUCAGGCGGAGAUGAUGAGUUCGCAGCGACCGAUUCAUUGCGCAUAUUAAAAGUGCCGCAACCAGCUGUCUCGGGUCCUGUCACACCAAGCACUCAUUCGUCAUGCCUUCUUCCAUUUCUGUACUUGCGGGGGUUCUCGUGCCUGUUUUGGGCGCGGUGGCUGCUAAGCUUCCUUCUACGGCUCAGAUUAUUGAUCAGAAGUCGUUCAAUGUCUUGAAGGAUGUGCCACCUCCUGCAGUGGCCAAUGACUCUCUGGUGUUCACUUGGCCUGGUGUAACUGAGGAGUCUCUUCUUGAGAAGCCUUUCCAUGUCUACGAUGAAGAGUUUUACGAUGUAAUUGGAAAAGACCCCUCUUUGACCCUCAUCGCAACAUCGGACACCGACCCAAUCUUCCAUGAGGCUGUCGUAUGGUAUCCUCCUACUGAAGAGGUGUUCUUUGUGCAGAAUGCUGGCGCUCCUGCCGCAGGCACUGGCCUGAACAAAUCUUCCAUCAUUCAGAAGAUUUCCCUCAAGGAGGCCGAUGCUGUUCGCAAGGGCAAGCAGGAUGAGGUCAAGGUCACAGUUGUUGACUCGAACCCUCAGGUUAUCAACCCCAAUGGUGGUACUUACUACAAGGGCAACAUCAUCUUCGCUGGUGAGGGCCAAGGCGACGAUGUUCCCUCUGCGCUGUACCUCAUGAACCCUCUCCCUCCUUACAACACCACCACCCUUCUCAACAACUACUUCGGUCGCCAGUUCAACUCCCUCAACGACGUCGGUAUCAACCCCAGGAACGGUGACCUGUACUUCACCGAUACCCUCUACGGAUAUCUCCAAGACUUCCGUCCUGUUCCUGGUCUGCGAAACCAGGUCUAUCGUUACAACUUUGACACCGGCGCUGUCACUGUUGUCGCUGAUGACUUUACCCUUCCCAACGGUAUUGGCUUUGGCCCCGACGGCAAGAAGGUUUAUGUCACCGACACUGGCAUCGCUCUCGGGUUCUACGGUCGCAACCUCUCUUCUCCCGCUUCUGUUUACUCUUUCGACGUGAACCAGGACGGUACUCUUCAGAACCGCAAGACCUUUGCUUACGUUGCCUCAUUCAUCCCCGAUGGUGUCCACACUGACUCCAAGGGUCGUGUUUAUGCUGGCUGCGGUGACGGUGUCCAUGUCUGGAACCCAUCUGGCAAGCUCAUCGGCAAGAUCUACACCGGAACUGUUGCUGCUAACUUCCAGUUCGCUGGUAAGGGAAGGAUGAUCAUUACUGGACAGACGAAGUUGUUCUAUGUCACUCUAGGGGCUUCGGGUCCCAAGCUCUAUGAUUAGAAAUGUUCACUUCUCUAUACUUACAUAGAUAAUACAUGGCAUUUGACUUUUGUCGCAUCAUUUCAAGUAGCG